AUGGGUUCACUUCCUCAUGUAGUAGAAGACUGCCUAGGAGUUCUCCAAGUAUACAGCGAUGGUUCAAUUUUCCGAUCAGAUGUUAUACAGUUUCCUUUUCCGGUUCACGAAGACACCUCUGUUGUUUGGAGAGACUGUCUCUACGACUCGAAAAACAACCUCUACCUCCGCCUCUACAAACCUCUCUCCCCACCAACUUCCUCCACCAAGCUUCCAAUUCUAUUCUUCUUUCAUGGCGGCGGCUUCUGUGUCGGCUCACGUACGUGGACGAACUGCCAUAACACCUGCCUCCGGCUCGCCUCAGGGCUUCAAGCCCUCGUUGUGGCGCCGGACUACCGGUUGGCGCCGGAGCAUAGGCUACCGGCGGCCAUGGAUGAUGCUGUCAGUGCGGUUAAGUGGCUGCAGUCUCAAGCCAUAAGUAAAAGUGUAGAUACGUGGGUAUACGAUGAGGUGGACAUUGAUCGGGUUUUCAUUGUGGGUGACUCAUCGGGUGGGACCAUUGCGCACCAUUUGGCGGUUCGGCUCAGGCCCGGCUCGCCGGAGAUUGCACCGGUUCGAGUCCGUGGUUAUGUGCUGAUGGCUCCCUUUUUUGGUGGGACUGUGAGAACUAAGUCCGAAGCAGAGGGACUGCCAGAACCCUUUUUGAAUUUGGAGAUCCUCGACAGGUUUUGGAGACUCUCACUACCAGUUGGACAAAAGGUAGAUCAUCCCUUUGCCAACCCAUUUGGGCCUGAUAGCCCAAAUCUUGAACAAGUGAAGCUUGACCCAAUUUUAGUAAUGGUGGGAGGUGAUGAACUGCUGAAAGACAGGGUUGAGGACUAUGUAAUGAGGUUGAAAAAGCAGGGAAAGAAAAUCCGGUACAUGGAGUUUGAAGGAAAGCAGCAUGGUUUCUUCACAAAUGACCCGUUAUCGGAGGUCGCGGACCGGGUGCUGCAAGAGAUCAAAAAAUUCAUAGCUGAAAACUCUGAUUAGGGUUAUGUUUUGUGAAGUUCAGAUUUGUUGUGCUCUGAGUGAAUUGGUCAUGCGAGCUUGUAUUAUUACUAGAUUCCUUUUUCCAUUUAGUGUGUUGAAAUUUAAAGGUGUUGAAUACUGGUUACUAUUAGUGUUUAAAUGAGGUCGAUUGCUUUUGAAUAUGAAUGUAUAUCUAUGAAGUCUACAAUAUUAUGUAGUUGUUUGU